AGGGCAUUUGCAAAUGGCGGCCAGCCUUAUGUUUGGCAUUUCUUGUGGGACCCUUAUGUUAGAUAGAACCGCUUAAAUGCAUUUUCACUGAAAGUCAAGCAGUUUGUCUGGUGGCCAUCAAUUCUGCGACACAUUCACUAUCAGUUUACAGCUCCCAGUCACACUACUCGACCAAGCAUUCCUCCUCUCCUGUCUCUGAUCUUCACCCCUGUAUCGGUCUUUCUCAGCCCUCAGCUGUAAGCCGACAGACGAGUAGGAGGUGUCCAGCAUGCACUCCAUCUUGGUGAUGGUGACGUUGCCAUUUAGAGUGCUGGAAGAGGCAAACUCGGGUUCCGAUUCCAACCCGACUGACGCAGUCAUCUUCGUGGGUAUCAGCUUGGUGUUAGGGAUAGCUUGCAGGCAUCUGCUGAGGGGUUCCAGAGUGCCUUACACGGUUGCUUUGCUAGUCGUUGGCAUUGGCCUCGGAGCCUUGGAUUAUGGAAAGCAUAAUCAGCUUGGAAAGAUUGGGAAUGGGAUUCGUAUCUGGGCAAAUAUUGAUCCUGACCUUUUAUUGGCUGUUUUUCUUCCUGCACUUCUCUUUGAGAGUUCAUUUUCAAUGGAAGUGCAUCAGAUAAAGAGGUGCAUGGUCCAAAUUAUUCUACUUGCUGGGCCUGGAGUGCUCAUUUCAACUUUUGUUCUUGGAUCCGUGUUAAAGCUUGCUUUCCCGUAUAACUGGAGCUGGAAAACAUCUUUAUUGCUUGGGGGAUUGCUGAGUGCUACUGAUCCCGUGGCUGUUGUCGCUUUGCUAAAAGAACUUGGGGCAAGCAAAAAAUUGAGCACCAUAAUUGAAGGAGAAUCCUUGAUGAAUGAUGGGACGGCAAUCGUUGUAUAUCAACUGUUUUUGCGCAUGGUUCUUGGAUGGAGCUUUAACUGGGGAUCAAUAAUCAAGUUUUUGCUGCAAGUCACCAUUGGGGCAGUGGCCAUUGGUCUUGCUUUAGGACUGUCAUCUGUUUUGUGGCUGGGAUAUAUUUUCAAUGAUACAGUGAUAGAGAUCACACUCACACUUGCUGUGAGCUAUGUAGCUUAUUUCACCGCACAAGAAAUGGCCAAUUUUUCAGGUGUAUUGACUGUCAUGACGUUAGGAAUGUUCUACUCUGCUGUUGCUAAAACUGUUUUCAAGGGUGACGGGAAAAAGAGUAUGCAUCAUUUUUGGGAAAUGGUUGCAUAUAUUGCCAACACAUUAAUUUUUAUCUUAAGUGGGCUUGUCAUAGCAGAUGGAUUUCUUCAAAGUGACAACUUUUCUAAAACACAUGAAUAUUCCUGGGGUUACCUCAUCCUUCUCUACAUUUUUGUUCAAGUCUCCCGGAUAGUUGUUGUUGGAGUAUUGUUUCCACUUCUGAGGUGCUUUGGCUAUGGUUUAGAUUGGAAAGAAGCUAUUAUUCUCGUAUGGUCUGGCCUACGAGGGGCUGUAGCAUUAUCUCUUUCGCUAUCUGUGAAGCGUUCAAGUGGUAACUCAUCUCUUAUCAAUUCGGAGACUGGAACUCUGUUCAUUUUCUUUACCGGUGGAAUUGUGUUCUUGACACUGAUUAUCAAUGGAUCAACAACACAAUUCAUUUUACACUUCUUGAAAAUGGAUAAGCUAUCAUCAGCAAAGCGGCGCAUAUUAAAUUACACGAAGUAUGAGAUGUUGAACAAAGCUGUGGAGGCAUUUUCUGACCUUGGAGAUGACGAGGAACUAGGACCUGUUGACUGGCCUACUGUCAAAAGAUAUCUUACAUGCUUAAAUGAUUUAGAGGAUGAUGAAAGAAUGCACCCUCAUUCUUCUUCAAGAAACAACGAUAGCCUACAUCAUCUAAAUACAAAAGAUAUCCGGAUUCGCUUUUUGAAUGGUGUUCAAGCUGCUUACUGGGGAAUGCUAAAUGAGGGAAGGAUAACACAGAACAUUGCAAACAUUCUAAUGGAAUCUGUUGAUGAAGCACUUGACUUAGUAUCUCAUGUGGCUUUGUGUGAUUGGGAAGGCCUAAAAACUUAUGUGAAUAUUCCGAAUCGUUACAAGAUUCUUCAAACAAGUAUUGUCCCGCAAAAACUUGUCACAUACUUCACUGUCGAGAGAUUAGAAUUUGCGUGUUAUAUCUGUGCAGCCUUUCUCCGGGCCCAUAGGAUUGCAAGGCAGCAACUAAAUGACUUUAUUGGAGACAGUGAAAUCACAUCAUCUGUGAUAAACGAAAGCAAAGAAGAAGGAGAGUAUGCACAGAAAUUUCUUGAAGAAGUACGGCUCACAUUUCCUCAGGACCUAGCAUCGGGGAAGAUGAUUGGCAGUGCUAAGGAGGAGGAUGGACUCUAUAUCUUUGAUGGAGAAACUCAAUCUAAUAAAAAAGGAUGAUAAUGGUUUUUCAAAUAUCAGUACACCUGAAAAUGAUCAAGGAAUUAAAAAUAAUGAAGUAAAUCCAACUGAACCAAUUGAAAAGGAUCAACAGACAAGUCAGUUCUUUGAAAAAACUUAUGAGAGAAGGGUUAGAAAUCAAAGAAUAGAGGAAGUUCAAAAACCUACAACUGUCCAUGAUUCUGCCUCAAUGUCAGGAAGUGAAAAAGGUUCUCCGUGUUGUCAAAACCAGACAAACAACGUAUACUGUACUGAAUCGAUUGAUGAAGUAUGUGCAUAAUCUUGAAGAGAUUGGUUUGUUAGAUGAAAAAGAGAUGAUUCAUCUUCAUGAUGUUGUACAGACUGACCUGAAGAAACUCUUACGGAACCCCCCUGGAGUAAAGAUGUCAAGUGUUCAUGAUUUGAUAGGUAUAAAUCCUUUCCUAGGAGCCCUUCCUUCCACAGUCAGUGAGACCCUAGUUGGCUGUACCAAGGAGAUUAUGAAGCUAAGUGGUUCUACACUGUAUAGAGAAGGAGAAAAGCCAACUGGUAUUUGGCUUAUUGCAAAUGGAGUAGUGAAGUGGACAAGCCGGAUUUCAAGCCAUAACCACCGGCUGCAUCCCACAUUUACACAUGGAAUUACAUUGGGAUUGUAUGAAGUUCUUGUUGGAAAGCCAUACAUCUGUGAUAUUGUCACUGAUUCAGUGGUUCGCUGUUCUUUUAUUGAAACAAAGAAGUUACUUUCUGCUCUUAAAUCUAAUCCUACAAUAGAAGAUUUCUUUUGGCAGGAAGGUGCUACUGUUCUUGCCAAUGUCUUGCUUCCUGAAGUUUUUGGGAAAGUUGGGAUGCCUGACCUAAGAGCUUUUAUUGCACGAAAAUCCACACUGAGUACAUACGUAAGGGGGGAAAGUUUCGAAUUGGCUCACCAUUCUAUUGGUUUUUUAUUAGAAGGAUUUGUGAAGAGUCAAGGUGAAGAUGGCCAGUUAGUAUCCUUUCCUGCAGCAUUAUAUCCUUCUUGCGAAGGGAAAAGUUCAGGGAAAUCUGGAAAGGAAGGUGCCAGGGUAGACAGUUUUUCACAUCAACCACACUGUUAUCAAGUUGAGACAAGAGCUAGGGUUAUCGUGUUUGAUGAUGUUGGAGCAUUUGAAACACACACAAGCUCCCAUAGGAUUUCAUCUUCGUUUUUAUUACAUCCAGCAGAGCUCCAACUUAGAUCACUUAGUAGAGAUGGUGGGAGCCUAAUGAGUUGGCCCGAACAUUCGUCUUUGCCCGAAGACCAUUACAGUCGAGAAGGCACUUAUCGCCAGAAGAAUAUUCUCUCCACACUGUCAAUGCACCCAUGUAUGUUUGGUGGUACGACAAGCAGCACCAAAGGGCCAAAAGACAAAAGCAUUACUUCUCAAAGUCUGUCAUAUCCAAGGAUUUCAUCAAAUGUUGCACGGCCUCUUGUCUCUGUGAGAUCAGAGGGAUCUUGCACCAUUUAUAAGCAUGUUGAUGUUCAGGGAACCAACAAAGAAGACAGUGUUACUAAACUUGCAACCCAUGAGGGUAGAGAUCAAUCAAGUGAUGAAUCUGGUGGUGAGGAUGAACACAUUGUGAGAAUUGAUUCACCAAGCAGACUAUCCUUCACUCAGGCUUCUUAACUCUUUCUUAAUAAUGAAAGCCCCAUAUAAUUGGAGCAGCAGAAGUUUUCUGUCCAGAACUUGUCCACCAAGAAGAUGCGGAUCAUAGGAGGACUGGAUGCUGGUGGAGUGUGUAAUUGGCCUAUGGGUAGGAGGGGAUCCAAGAGGUUGGGGCGGAGCUGACUUUUUGUGUGAAUGUGGAGGGUUGAAUUUUUUUUUAGUUGAUAUACUACGUAUUAUGGUUUCUUACCUUACUUUGGUUCAAAAGUUAAGACCUGAAAUUUAGGUUUAUCAAAAGUUGAGAUUAUUUUUUUCUUCCCAAUCUUGAAGAACAUUUGAUGCACACAUGUGUGAGUGUACAGAGUUUAAGCACGUGAACCUCAUUUAUAAAACUCCAUUUGCAUCA